GAUGGACUCACCCCACUGCACUGUGCUGCAAGAAGUGGACAUGACCAGGUUGUGGAGCUGCUCCUGGAGCGAGGUGCCCCACUGCUCGCACGGACCAAGAAUGGACUCUCCCCACUCCACAUGGCAGCCCAGGGGGACCACGUGGAGUGUGUCAAGCACCUGCUGCAGCACAAAGCUCCCGUGGACGAUGUCACACUGGAUUACCUGACUGCCCUGCACGUGGCUGCACACUGUGGCCACUAUCGUGUCACCAAACUCCUCCUGGACAAGAGAGCCAACCCCAAUGCUCGUGCCCUGAAUGGUUUUACUCCACUGCACAUUGCCUGCAAGAAAAAUCGCAUCAAAGUCAUGGAACUCCUGGUGAAAUAUGGGGCUUCAAUCCAGGCUAUCACAGAGUCGGGGCUCACACCAAUACACGUGGCUGCAUUUAUGGGCCACUUGAACAUAGUCCUCCUUCUGCUGCAGAACGGAGCCUCUCCCGAUGUCACUAACAUUCGUGGAGAGACUGCAUUGCACAUGGCAGCACGUGCUGGGCAGGUGGAAGUAGUUCGCUGCCUCCUGAGAAACGGGGCCCUGGUUGAUGCCCGAGCCAGGGAAGAACAGACUCCACUGCACAUUGCCUCUCGCUUGGGUAAGACAGAGAUUGUCCAACUGCUGCUGCAGCACAUGGCCCACCCCGACGCCGCCACGACCAACGGGAACGGGUACACUCCACUGCACAUCUCUGCCAGGGAGGGGCAGGUCGACGUUGCCUCGGUUCUCCUCGAGGCAGGGGCCUCGCACUCCAUGUCCACCAAAAAGGGAUUCACACCUCUGCAUGUGGCAGCCAAGUAUGGGAGCCUGGAAGUGGCAAAGCUCCUGCUGCAGCGUCGUGCCUGUCCUGAUUCCGCUGGCAAGAACGGGCUGACUCCGCUGCACGUGGCGGCUCACUACGACAACCAGAAGGUGGCGCUGCUGCUGCUGGAGAAAGGCGCCUCGCCCCACGCCACGGCCAAGAACGGCUACACCCCUCUGCAUAUCGCUGCCAAGAAAAACCAGAUGCAGAUAGCUACCACUCUGUUGAACUAUGGGGCUGAGACCAACAUUUUGACCAAGCAGGGAGUCACCCCUCUUCACUUGGCCUCCCAAGAAGGUCACACUGACAUGGUGACACUGCUUUUGGAGAAAGGAUCCAACAUCCAUGUGGCAACAAAGGCUGGACUGACAUCCUUACACCUUGCAGCCCAGGAGGAUAAAGUGAAUGUAGCUGAAAUACUCACCAAACAUGGUGCAAACCAGGAUGCUCAGACAAAGCUUGGUUAUACACCUUUAAUUGUGGCCUGUCACUAUGGAAACAUCAAAAUGGUGAAUUUUCUUCUCAAGCAUGGAGCAAAUGUCAAUGCUAAAACUAAGAAUGGGUACACCCCUCUUCACCAAGCUGCUCAGCAAGGCCACACUCACAUCAUCAACGUUCUCCUCCAGCACGGGGCCAAGCCCAACGCCAUCACCACUAAUGGUAACACUGCCUUAGCCAUCGCCAGGCGCCUCGGAUACAUCUCCGUGGUCGAUACGCUGAAGGUUGUAACGGAGGAGAUCACCACCACCACAACUACUGUCACAGAGAAGCACAAGCUAAAUGUACCCGAGACAAUGACUGAGGUCCUGGAUGUGUCAGAUGAAGAAGGUGAUGACACGAUGACAGGGGAUGGAGGGGAGUACCUCAGGCCAGAAGACCUCCGAGAACUAGGAGAUGACUCUCUGCCAAGCAGCCAGUUCCUGGAUGGUAUGAACUACCUGAGGUACAGCUUGGAAGGAGGACGGUCAGACAGCCUGCGAUCCUUCAGUUCAGACAGGUCCCAUACCUUGAGCCAUGCCUCCUACCUGCGGGACAGCGCCAUGAUCGACGACACCGUGGUGAUCCCCAGCCAGCAGGUAACAACUCUGGCCAAAGAAGCCGAAAGGAAUUCAUAUCGCUUGAGCUGGGGCCCUGAGAACUUGGACAACGUGGCUCUUUCUUCCAGCCCUAUUCACUCAGGCUUCCUGGUUAGCUUCAUGGUGGAUGCUCGUGGGGGAGCCAUGAGGGGCUGCAGGCACAACGGGCUGCGCAUCAUCAUCCCUCCGCGCAAGUGCACAGCGCCCACGCGCGUGACGUGCCGCCUGGUCAAACGCCACCGCCUGGCCACCAUGCCCCCCAUGGUGGAGGGCGAGGGGCUGGCCAGCCGCCUCAUCGAAGUGGGACCUUCUGGUGCUCAGUUCCUUGGGCCUGUGAUUGUGGAGAUCCCCCACUUCGCUGCCCUGCGUGGCAAGGAGCGGGAGCUGGUGAUCCUGCGCAGUGAGAACGGGGACAGCUGGAAGGAGCACUUCUGUGAAUACACUGAGGACGAGCUCAACGAAAUCCUCAAUGGCAUGGAUGAAGUACUGGACACUCCAGAGGAGCUUGAGAAGAAACGGAUCUGCCGCAUCAUCACCAGGGAUUUCCCUCAGUACUUCGCAGUGGUAUCUCGGAUCAAGCAGGACAGCAACCUCAUUGGUCCUGAGGGAGGGGUGCUGAGCAGCACGGUGGUCCCACAAGUGCAGGCAGUCUUCCCAGAGGGGGCUCUCACCAAACGGAUUCGUGUUGGCCUCCAGGCUCAACCUAUGCACACUGAACUUACAAAGAAGAUUUUAGGCAACAAGGCUACCUUCAGCCCCAUAGUCACCCUGGAGCCCAGGAGGAGGAAGUUCCAUAAACCCAUCACCAUGACGAUUCCUGUCCCCAAGGCCUCCAGCGACGGCAUCAUGAACGGCUAUGGAGGCGACACACCCACCCUGAGGUUACUAUGCAGCAUAACAGGAGGAACCACCCCUGCCCAAUGGGAAGACAUCACUGGGACAACACCACUGACAUUUGUUAAUGAAUGUGUUUCCUUCACAACAAAUGUGUCUGCCAGAUUUUGGUUGAUAGACUGUCGACAGACACAAGAAUCUGUUGCUUUUGCUUCCCAAGUGUACAGAGAGAUUAUCUGUGUCCCUUACAUGGCCAAAUUUGUGGUGUUUGCCAAAUCCCACGAUCCCAUCGAGGCGCGGUUAAGGUGCUUCUGCAUGACGGACGACAAGGUGGAUAAAACCCUGGAGCAACAAGAGAAUUUUGCUGAAGUUGCCCGAAGCAGGGAUGUAGAGGUAUUAGAAGGAAAACCCAUCUAUGUUGACUGCUUUGGCAAUUUGGUGCCCCUUACAAAGAGUGGGCAGCACCAUAUAUUCAGUUUCUUUGCCUUCAAAGAGAACAGACUUCCUCUGUUCGUUAAGGUGCGAGACAGCACUCAGGAGCCCUGUGGGAGAUUAUCGUUCAUGAAGGAGCCAAAGUCUACAAGAGGCCUCGUUCACCAAGCCAUAUGUAACUUAAACAUCACUUUGCCCAUUUACACAAAGGAAUCAGAUUCAGAUCAAGAACCAGAAGAGGUUGAUAUGACUUCCGAAAAAAAUGACGAGACAGAAUCUACAGAAACAUCUAUCCUGAAAAGCCAUCUGGUUAAUGAAGUCCCAGUGCUAGCCAGUCCAGACCUGUUGUCUGAAGUUUCUGAGAUGAAACAAGACUUGAUCAAAAUGACUGCCAUCCUGACAACUGACCCUUCUGACAAAUCAGGCUCCAUUAAAGUCAAAGAUCUUGGGAAAAAUGCUGAAGAUGAGCCAGGAGAGCCUUUUGAAAUAGUUGAAAGAGUGAAAGAGGACUUAGAAAAAGUCAAUGAAAUUCUGAGAGGUGGAUCAUAUCCCAGAGAACAUGUUUUGCAGAAGUCCAAACAAGAACCCAUAGAAGAAGAAUGGAUCAUUGUCAGUGAUGAAGAAAUUGAAGAGGCCAGAAGGAAUGCUCCUUCAGAAGUCACGGAGAAAACCUCUGCAGAAGUCAGGGUAGGCAAAGGGACAACCAAAAAAGGGAAGCCAGGCAUGACAGGGAAGGUAGAUCGCCCUGCAGAGGAUUCAAAAUCAUACGUUUCUCUUCAUGACAUAGAACCACACACCUUACAAGAGGACUUAGCAGGAGAGAAAUUUGAAGCUGUGGUAAUAAGCAGGGAAUCUGAAAAAGGAGGAAAAGAAUCUCCAAAGACUGGCAAACAAAGCUCACAGGAGCAACACAAACCAGCCUCAGAGGUUAAAAAGCCUCUUAGGACAAAAUUGAAAGAGAAGCCAAAGCCAAAGGAAGUCAAGGCACACAGCAGUGGAGAGAAACUGAGGCUACCGAAGCUCACUGCUUCAACCGCAGAUGAGUCACCGGCUGGGGAAUCUGGCUUGAAGGUGACACCUGCUCCAGAGGCUAAAGCCGUGUCCCCUGUUAUAGAGGAAACCCCCAUUGGCUCAAUCAAAGACAAGGUGAAAGCCCUUCAGAAACGAGUGGAAGAUGAGCAAAAAGUACGGUCUAAACUACCUGUCAGAGUGCAAGGCAAAGAAAGCCCUGCUGAAAAGGCUCCUAAAAAAACAACCCAAGCCAAAAAACCAGUAGCACAGAAAGCCCAACCACCUGUCUCACCUUCUUCAAAGACAGAGAGGCUUGAAGAGACCAUGUCAGUUCGGGAACUGAUGAAAGCCUUCCAGUCGGGCCAAGACCCGUCCAAGAACAUCUCUGGACUGUUCGAGCACAAAUCUGUCAAACAGAAGCAACAGACCCCCGAGAAAGAAACAACACGGAGGAAAGCAGUUCCUUCGCAGAGUGAAACGAGGCGAGUCUCAAGCCUCAAGACAGACAAACAAAAGGACAAACCCAGCACAGUAUCAAAAGCAGAGAAAGAGCCACAGUCUAAGAAAGGAAAAACACAAAUUUCUAGCACUGAAACUAGCAAGAAAGCUGGUGGUAAAGACCAGGCAAAAGAGCAGAGCAGCAAAAAGCCAACCGAGCCUCUCCCUCCAGUCAUAAUUGAUCAAAGUGCCAAAGAAACAGCAGCUGGAAAGGGCAGGACUUCUGAUGACCAUGGAGAUCCUGACUUCCAGAUCAGCCCUGACAGAAAAACCUCAACAGACUUUUCUGAUGUCAUUAAAGAAGAACUGGAGGACAAUGACAAAUACCAACAGUUCCGGCACCUUUCAGUGACAGAGGAUGGAGAACUGAACUUGGAGCAAGUAAUCACCAGUCCUUUCGGUGUUGCUUGUCCCACAGAGUACGGGAAAGAUGAAUUCCUUCCUGCUCUUUCUCUGCAAAGUGCUGCUUUUGAAGGGAGCUCAGAGAGCCUUAAACAUGAAGGUGUGGCUACACCAGGCAGCCUACUUGAUGGAACCCCUCAGAUCAGCUCUGAGGAAAGUUACAAGCACGAGGGUCUGGCAGAGACUCCAGAAACGAGCCCAGAAAGCCUUUCAUUCUCACCAAAGAAAACCAAUGGGCAAAUUGAAGAAGAUAAAGGAGCGGCUAGAGCACACACAACAGCAGAAACAUGUUCUCCGAAGGAACUCUCCUCAAAGGAAGAUGAAAAAGGUAUUACUGAGAGACAGCUAGAUGCAGUUACUGAGACUAGUAAGUCUCGUUCUGACCAUGUAUCAGAAGAGCAUGUACCUACAGCCUCUGAAGAAGAGGCUGAUAAACCUAAAGAAAGUAGCUCAGCUUCCAUUAUGAAAGAUAUUAGCAGGGAUAAAGAAUCCAGAACCACUGCACAUUUCACUAAGUCUUCUGAAACACAUGACACUGCUUUAGAGAAAGAAAAAGAUAUAACCUGUGAACGCCGUGUUGCGGUUAGAAGUCCCCAGAAAUUGGAACUUUCACUUGCUAGCCAUGAUAGUGAAAGCUUUAGCCCAGUUGCAGAUGACUCUUUGACUAUAAGUCAUAAAGACUCCCUGGAAGCAAGUCCAGUGCUAGAAGAUAACUCAUCACACAAAACGCCCGACUCUUUGGAGCCCAGUCCUAUGAAAGAGUCUCCCUGCCGCGAUUCCCUUGAAAGCAGCCCCGUAGAACAAACAGUGAAGGCUUGUAUUUUGGGGCAGGGUCCUCUUCAGUCUGUUCUUAGCAAAGGAGAAGCCUGCCCAGAGCUGGCAUCAGUGCGUUCCAGGAUUCUCCGUGACCCUGAGGGAAGUGCCGAUGAUGACAGUCUAGAGCAAACAUCCCUCAUGGAGAGUUCGGGGAAAAGUCCUGUUUCCCCCGAAACUCCUAGUUCUGAAGAAAUUAGCUAUGAAAUCACACCUAAAACAGCAGACUCACAGGCACUGUCAAACAUCCCAAAGUCAGCCACAAUCCCUGAAGUCAAUGAAGAAGCAGAGGACGAUUCAGAAAGUGAACCAAAGAAGAGAUUCACCCCCGAAGAGGAGAUGUUUAAAAUGGUGACCAAAAUCAAGAUGUUUGAUGAGUUGGAACAAGAGGCAAAAAAGAAGAGAGAUCACAAAAAGCAUCGUAAGCAAGAUGACUCCUCUGUAGCUGCCAAUUCAGAGGCUGCAUGUGAAGGUGAAACACAAGAGCCAACAGCUGUAGGAGAAAAAGAUAUUCCUACAGUGGUGACACCUGCAGCUGAGUCUAGAAAGAAUUCUUCCUCUUCUGAAAGUGAGCCGGAAUUGACUCAGCUCAAAAAAGAAGCAGACUCAGGCCUCUUAAUGGAGCCUGUGAUCCGAGUGCAGCCACCCUCACCUUUACCAUCCAGCAUCGACUCCAGCUCUAGCCCCGACGAAGCAGGUUUCCACCCCAUUGAUUCCCAGCAGUGCUCUGUCGGGAUAGGUGCAGUUAAAGCAGAAGGCAAAGGUGACAAAGAGGAACCACUUGUCCUUGGGCGCAGCUGUAAGGCUUCCACAGGAGGAUCAGGCACUUGUCAUUCCAAUGGGUGUGCAUCAGCAGAAACUGCUGAAUCAAAGUGGUGUGAUGGUACAGAUGACUGCGAGACAGUCAGUCCUGAUGCCCUGGUCACACCAUCUGGGGGUACUCUCUGUCACUCCGUGGGUGACAGGUCUCAGAAAGAAGUUCACGUUGAGUCUUCGCUAACUCUUGAGCAAUGCGAUGCUACUGAAAAAGUUGUCAAACCUGUGGCCUCAUUAACACACAUAGAUCUCGCUUCUACAGGAGCUGUGUCUGAGAAGGUAGAUGGUCUCUCUUGUGGGCACAGUACUACCGAGUACUCUGUACCACAAGAUGGCAAACUGGCUGAAGAUGAUACCACUGACCAUUCUGCUUUGGGAAGGGAUUCAGGAAAAGCAGAUGCAGGUUUUGAAACAUCAGAAAGAGACAGUCGUGCUGAGGAACCUUUGCCAGGGUAUUCAUCCCUUACCACUGAAACAGUGGAACUUGAGAGUUGUGCAGCAGAUGCUGCUGACAGUAAUGAUCCACAUAUAGUAAGCCCUUAUGAAAAUGUGUCUUCUGGACAUUUCUUUAUUGACUCUGAAAGUGAGGUAGGAGCUGGCAGAACUGUGUUAUCUAGGGAAACCUAUUCUAUUGCAGAAGGGAAAGAUCAGACUGGUGAAACUUUACUUAGCAGAGACACAGGUAGUGAAUAUCACUCUUCAGAGGAAGUGUAUAUGGAAAUAGAGCCCAAACCAGAGGAUGGAUGUCAGACAAUGUCACAAGGGUCUUUGGCCUCAGACUCCAUCAAGUUAGCUGAAUCUGCCCUUGAGGAUAUAAGAGAUGAAACAGAUAAAUUCAUGGGUCGAGUUGUCAUCACUAAAACCGAUGUGGAUUCUGACAUGUGGAGUGAAAUACGUGAAGAUGAUGAAGCCUUUGAAGCUCGGGUGAAAGAAGAGGAACAAAAGAUAUUUGGGUUGAUGGUAGACAGGCGCUCACAAGGCACAACCCCUGAUACCACACCAGCCAGGACACCCACCGAAGAAGGGACACCACUCAGUGAGCAAAAUCCUUUUCUCUUUCAGGAAGGCAAGUUAUUUGAGAUGACUAGGAGUGGAGCCAUUGACAUGACAAAAAGGAACUACCAGGAUGAAAACUUUCACUUCUUCCAGAUGGGGCAGGAGCCUCAGGAAGAAGUUUCAUUAUCUGAGGAAGGGAAAGAAGCAGCAGAGGAGGAAUCUUCAAAGCUGGUGGACUCACCAGACCCAUUUGCACCUUCAGAAUCAGAGGAGUCAGAUAUACAAGGGAAAGAUACAUUGAAAUAUUCACCCCUAUCGCCCGAGCCUAGCGAUAACUCAGAAGAAAUGACAGGUGAAGGUGUCGGCACAGGCACCUCAAAAGCAGAUCUUAAAUCCAGAAUUCCAAUUAAAAUGGGCAUUUCAGCUUCUUCAAAAUCACCAAAGAAAGAAACUGCUGCCUCUGAAGCUGAGCCCAGAAUGGAGACUGACACAGUUGAUAGCAGUCAGGUGCCUUGCCCCAUCUCUCCUGAGCAGUGUGUGGUAGAAGAUGAAGUAGAGUUUUCCAAAGUCACUAGAUCAGUUAGUUCUGAUCAGGGUGAGGAGUCCCCAGACUCCUCCCCAGAGGAACAGAGAUCUGUGAUUGAAAUCCCCACUGCUCCAAUGGAGAACGUGCCUUCUUGUGAAAGCAAAUCCAAAAUCCCUGUGAGAACAGCUGCCGUUGUGUCACAACCCUCCCAGCAACCAGAAAAUGAGAGCCUUUCCCCAGAUGACUGCCCGGAUGGUUUGCAGUGUGAAGGAAAAGAUGACCAAGCAAAACCAAAGUCUAAAAUUCCUGUCAAAACUGCUUUCCAAAAAGCUGAGCCACAAUACACAUACUCAGACAUGCCUGUCCACAGGCUAGAGUCCCCCAAAGCUCUCGACGUGACAAGCGUGGCACCCAUGAAACAAGAGAACCGGAGCAAAUCGGAAUCUGACGCGAGUAGUCCCGUGGACCCAAAGACUAAACACUCAGUCAAAGCUAGGAGUUAUGCUGAGGCAGAAGCAGAGAGGGAGAGCGAGCUGAACUUUGAGCUAGACUCAGAUGAGGCAACAACAGCAAGAUCGAAGGUAUUUUCAUCCCGGUUGCCAGUUAAAAGCAGAAGCACCACAGGCUCCCGUGGUGCUUUUAGUCCCACAAAGGAAAGUAAGGAACACUUUUUUGAUCUUUACAAAAACUCCAUAGAGUUCUUUGAAGAAAUUAGUGAUGAAGCUUCUAAACUAGUGGAAAGACUCACACAGUCAGAGAGAGAGCAAGAAUUAGUUUCAGAUGAUGAAAGCAGUAGUGCCCUAGAAGUUUCAGUUAUUGAAAAUGUGCCAUCCAGUGAGACCCAGCAGUCAGUUCCUGAAGACAUCUUUGACAUCAGACCCAUUUGGGAUGAGUCCGUAGAGACUCAGAUUGAACGUAUCCCUGACGAAAAUGUCCAUGACCAUGCUGAAGAUCAACAGGAUGAUCAGGAAAGGACGGAGGAAAGACUGGCCCACAUCGCUGACCACUUGGGAUUCAGCUGGACAGAGCUAGCAAGAGAACUGGAUUUCACAGAAGAGCAAAUCCACCAGAUCCGAAUUGAAAACCCCAAUUCUCUCCAAGACCAGAGCCAUGCACUCCUCAAAUACUGGCUUGAAAGGGAUGGGAAACAUGCAACAGAUACAAAUCUUACCCAAUGUCUUACAAAAAUCAACCGGAUGGAUAUUGUCCACCUGAUGGAGACCAGCGGCAUCGACUCCAUGCAGGUCCAUGGCACUCGCACCUACACGGAAAUGGAGCAGUCAAUAGGGUUGGAUCACAGUGAAGGGUUUUCUGCACUGCAAGAAGAAGUGUUCACUUCAAAACACAAGCAAGAACACCAGAGGAUAUCUAAGGACAGUGAGCCAACUGAGCACCCUCCUCUGGUCUCCGAGGAAGAGGUGUCUGGCAGUUAUUCCCCCUUCCAGGACAGCACUCCCAGGAGUGAGGCAGAAGUAUCCAUGGCUGAGCUCCUGAGGCAAGCACACAAGGAACAAGUAGGAACUGAAUUCUCAGGGAAACCCCAAGACGUGCCAGGAAAACCAUCUGCUUCACAACAUGAGUAAGUUGCCACAACUCCAGGAAUGGAGCAGUCUGCAGCCCCAGGAACUGGAAAAGCAGCAAGUGACCAAUCUGCAAAGGGAGAGCGAGGAAGAGCAUCCCCACAGCCUCCAUCAUCUGUGCGGAGAGGUGACUCUCCCAUCAUCCAGGAGCCUGAGGAGCCCCAGCACCACCAGGAUGACCACUCUCCAAGGAGAAGUAGUCUCGUGAUAGUGGAGUCAACUGAUGAGCACACAGAGAAGUCUGGAAGGGGCUAUGAAGAAGAAUCUUUAGAAAAGGAGUUAGCAGAGGAGUUAGGUGUGCUGGAGAUGAGCUCUGACGAGGACGAGAUGGUCACUACCAGGGUUGUUCGCCGCCGGGUGAUUAUUCAGGCUGAUAGUAUGCCUGACAUGCCACCAGAAACAGUCACAGAAGAGCAGUAUACAGAUGAACACGGCCACACAGUGGUAAAGAAGGUCACUCGGAAGAUUAUCCGGAGAUAUGUCUCUCCAGAUGGCACAGAGAAAGAGGAAGUCCUGAUGCAAGGAACACCACAAACACCUGUCACAGUGGAAGAAGGAGAUGGCUACUCCAAAGUUGUGAAACGGGUUGUGCUGGAGAGUGACAGUGAGCAGUCAGAGGUGACCCUGUCUGAACCUGCUGCUUUGCCUAGUGCCUCCAAAUUCCAGUCUGAACCAGUGGAAGGCAGGAAGGUCAGCAAAGUCAUAAAGACCACUGUAGUGCACGGAGAGAGGAUGGAGAAACACCUGGGGGAUGCCAGCUUAGCUUCUGAUCUGCCAUCAGCCAAAGAGGACUUCGAAGAGGCUUUGAGCUAUACAGGUAACCACAUGAAAGUUCAACUCCCUGCUUUAGUAGAGAAAGAGAUCAAGAAAGAAGAUGGAUCAAUAAUUAAAAGGACAACGCUGAGUAAAGCCAGCACGCAGAAGAGGACCGUGAUGAAGGAUUGCUAUGGAAAACACGUUCACAUAGAAGAGCUGGAAGACACCCCAGAAGCACUCCCCAGGGAUGACCUCCAGCAUGACCUCCAGCAGCUUCUUCGGCACUUCUGCCAAGAGGACUGGAAACAGGAGGCCAAGUGA